AUGCCAAUCCGGAAUCCUUUCGCACGAAGAGUCGGCAACGACGAGAACGUGCGUCCAGAGCUAUCUGCCCAAGAUGCAUCGCAUCCCGGGUUUGAACGAGUGGACAUAAUUGGUUCCAAGGCAUCACCUGCGCUGAGCAUCAUAAGUGCCAAGAACCAGGAUAAUGGUGACUACAAGUUGAGCGUUGUCAAUGACAGCGGCGUAUAUCUUCCUCCCUCGCCCACCGAGGAGAAAGGAUUGUGGCCCCGGAGACCUGCACUGCCCUCGAGGACGUCAAUGGACACUCGGAGCAGCAUUGGUGACAUCGAACACUUUUCUAUCUCACGAGAGUCGUUUGACUCUUACCGACGCUCCUUCGAUAUCACCGCAAAGUCUCCUAUACUUCACGACAUACAGCCACGAACAAGUCUCGACUCGGCGCGCUUUCCGCGCAUGCCAAGGACGUCAGUCCGGGAUCGCUCUUUCGACAGGGAACCACCCACAGCCGAGGAAGGUUUCGAGGAUGUCGGGCUGAAUGAUGAGACCAACAAGCAACCACCGCCUCCGCAACAAGCACCAAAGAAACGGGGCCUCUUCGCAAGAUUCGGUGAUUCGCAGGAGUCAAACACACACAGCACUCACGGCCAGGGCAUGUCGCGAUUUAUUCCAGGACGCAAGAGGGCACAGAGCGGCCAAGGAUCGGAACUAGGCAACAUGGAUCGGCCAAAGUCGUCACAGUCAAUGGAAGGUCAAGAGAUGCAAUAA